UCCUCCUCCGAGAUGAGGACGGUUAAGCAGACGUUCCAUGUGCAGCAGCACCAGACGUACCAGCAGCAGUACCAGCAGCAGGGCCACCAGAUCGAUGGCUUCCAGCAGCAGGCUCUCCAGCAGCCGCAGCAGCAGAGUGUCCAGUACCAGACGAGCCAGCAGACGUCCUCCUCCGCUUUCCACCAGAUGCCCGCCCACAGACAGCACCCAACGCCCGCUCAGACGAUGCCCUCCGUCUUCCAGAACGGCUCACCCGCGCCCCCCCAAGCCCACACUGCCCCCGCCCCUGGCCCCGCUCCCGCUCCCGCCGCUGCCCCUGCCCGUGCCCCCGUCCCCGUCCCUGCCCCUAAUUUGAACGCCCCCCAGUACGCUAAUCAGAAUGGCACUGUGCCCCCGCAUGCCGCCGCCCCUCAGGAAGGAGACCCCGAGCCCGCCAACAUCCUCCCCCAGUACCAAGCUCCCCCCGGGUAUAGUACCGCCUACACCGCCGUCCAUGGGGAAUGGCCGCCCAAGGUAAACCUCGGCCCCACGCCCACUAACCCGCCUCCGCAGCCAACCAAGAACGAAAAUGCCCCGAACAUGACAACGACCUAUCCCUCCGGCUUCAAGCUGAGGGAACGAGCGCCCGUUGAACAAGCUCCUGCCAGGGUUGUGAUGUCACAGCCAGCGUUCAAGAUGACGCAGCCAAUCAAGAAGCCUGGAGACAGCAAGUGGCCUCCUAAGGGGAACAUGGAACCCACACAGGAAGAGGUCCGUGAGUUCAUCAAACCCAGGAAGUCAAACAAGGAUUACUCUGAAUUCUUUGCCCAGAACGCGCUGCCGCACAACUACGCAGGCUACCGCCCACCACCAGGCACCCAGCACCACGGUCUGCUCGAGGAGGGCGUCAGCAACAUGUAAAGGAUGAAGCAUGGCCUUUACGAGCCACCGAGGGUACAUGUCAACACUUUUAAACAUGUCCGUGUCGACUGGCUAAGAUAUAUGAUGAAACAAACAGACAAGUAUCUAAGGGAUUGGUGUAUGCCUAGGAUUCAUGCUAAUUAAAAACAAAUAGACAAUAAACAAGCCCUAAUUAUACCUCCUAGGAUACAUGUAAACAUAUAAAUCAACCUAAUGACCUAAUGAAGUAGGUAGGACACAUGUAAACGGAUAUAAACAUUUCCACGUAGAAUGGCUAAGAAACACGUAAACAAACACACAUAUAGAAAUAAUAAAUAACGACCUUGGUGAAUACGUAGGAUUAAUGUAAACAAACAAUAAACAUGCUCUGAGAUACAUGUAAACAAAAACACCUUUACAGCAGUCCUAGGAUACAUACAGACAAAACAACAUCCUCGACAAACACACAGGAUUCAUUUCCAGUAGAAAAACAAAACAAAAAUAAUGUCCUGAAAAUGACUCAUUAGCCUCGUGAAUAUCUGAAAACAAAAAGAAGAAGAUUUUGGAAACAUAUCAGGAGUCAGAAAAAUUGUAUAGAUACUUUUUUUUUUUUUCCAAACAAGGCACCAUGGAGAUUCAGUGGUCUCUUCAACUAUCUAUUUAUCUAUCUAUUGAUUUUGUGUUUCUGUAUCAUUUUCUUCGGUAGUUUCUUUCAGUCUGAUGCAGACUUACUGCCAUCACUAUUUUUGUACAGUUUGUUAAAAGGACGGUGCUGAGAAUCACUCGCCAUCUUAUUUCUAAACGCAUUAAACACACCACUUAAACAUAAAUAUAAAGAAUAUAACUCUAUUUAAUAAUGUAAAAGGACAUACGGAUAAGUGUAUACAUAUAUACAUAUAUAUAAACAUAUACAUAUAUAUGUGUGUUGUGUAUGUAUAUAUAUAUAUAUAUAUAUAUAUAUAUAUAUAUAAUAUAUAUAUAUAUAUAGAUAUAUAUGUAUGUAUGUAUGUAUGCAUGUAACAUUCAUUCAUAACAGCAGCUCUCCUCCUGACGUCCUUCAGAGGAGAGUCCUGCCUCCCGCUCGUCGUCCGAUCGAUACCUAGUGAUAUUCCAGAGUUCCCCUCUUAUAUAUUUUUGUUUUAGCUUUAGAUUUUUACUUACUAAGGUAAACAACCAUGAUUUUUUGUCUACUGGACGAAAUAAUUUUCCUCCUCCCUGUGUAAUCUGAACAAAAAAGGACGACUGAAAUAUAUUACAACUAAAAUAUGACAGAAUUAAAAAAAGAAACAAAAGCACAGGUCAACUGAAAUAUAUUACAAUUAAGAUAUAAAACGAAUUAAAAAAAAAAUAAUAAUAAGUCAGCUGAACUAUAUUACCAUUAAGAAAUAAAACGAAUUAAAAAAAAUGCUAAGUCAUUGCAUAAACCUAAGUUUAGUGUAGGAAUUUGGUACUGUUCAUAACAUUGUUGAUUCAUUGGGAUUGUAAUAAACAUUUGUAUUGAUUUGCAACUGUUUCUUUAUUCGUUGUCUAACUCUCUUGUUUUAUUUCUCUGUUAUCUCUUCUCUUUCUUCACCUGCUAAGUGUUCUUGCAUGCUAUUAUGCUAUCUAUUCUAGAUUUUAUUGUUAAACGGAGAUGAGUUAUUGAGAAAUUCCUUGAUUUUGUUUUUUUUUUUUUUUUUAGUUUAUGUGGAAAUGAAGGGAAAAAUAUACCAGAUAUGCAAAUUAGAAGCAGAAGUUCAAACAAUUGUCAAAGUUUAGAGAUUUACUAUUACUCAUGUGUUCAUUACUCCAGCUAAUUUUUGUAUAAAAAUAAAUGUUUAUAAAUGGA